AAGUAUUUUCUGAGUCGUCCAAGUUCCAACGCGGAAGCAAACAGUAGACCUCAAUCAGCAGCCCUUCGAGUUGAUGAUUAUUUUCUUAUGUGAAGUUUAAUUAUGUCCGUUUUGACCAUGUAUCCGGUUCAAAGUAUGCGUAAGUUUGUCUGCGAUCGUCUGACUGCGGCAGCUCAGGAGAUCUUGGGAGCGUUUGAAAAGAGAGUUGAAGAUUAUGAAGCAGAGCUCGCUCGUCAGCGCAGGAUGCUGGACACAGUGUUUUCUCCAGAGAAAAAGUUACAGAGAGCAGAGAUAAAGGCUCUCCUAAAUCAGCAGGAGCAUGGCAAUAACGAUGGAGCGUCCAGAUUCCAACCAGAUACUGUGGAGAUUAAAGAUGAGCAUGAGGAAAUAAGCAUCAGCCAGCAACGACCUCAGCCUCCGCAGCAGCAAGAAGCCACAGCCUCCAAGCUGACUCCAGCUGCUGGUCGAAAUACCUCUGGUGAUCAGUCCCAGCUGUUAAGACCUGAAAAAGAAAGCAGAGCAAAUAUAGAUUCUCCGUCUAACACCUCAAACAAGGAUGUAGAGGUUGCAUUUAAGGAUGUGACAUCGUCGGUGAGUGAGCAACCGCUCUCUCAAAAUUCAGGUGAAGCUGAAACCCAAAAUGAUAAUAGAGGAGCAUCACCAACUAAACCUACAGAGCCAAUUUCAACUGAGCGGAGCCCAGAAUUAUGUACAACUACAGAGGAAACAUUUGAUGAAUCAUUUUUAGAUGUGAAUUAUACGGACAUAUUUAAUGACAUUGUCGACAAUGAGUUCGCACUCUCCAGUAUGAGUCCUGAGCCAUCUUUAAAUAUGAGCUUUGAUGAUUUAAAUGCAACAUCAGCCAGCAUCACAGAGCAGAGACAGUCAGAGAAAGAUAAUGUUGAGAGCCCAAUGUUAACAGCCAGUGCUGAGCUAACGCAAGACAUUAAUACUGAGUUCACAACACCACCUGCAAGCAACGAGUCCCCGCAAACAAGAACGUGUACAGGUGACGACGAAAUCUUGACACCUGAAGGAAACUGUGAACCAGAAGCAAAUGAGAUUCAAAAUGACAAUUCAGUGAUACAUAGAAGUGUUGAACCUACUCAACCUGAGGAGAAUCAAGAUUGGAGGCCAGCGCCUCCCACCCUGACUGUGCCAAUACCAGAUGAUGAAAUUCAAGAUGAGACACCAGCCACAACUGAGAGGGCAGAAAGUCAAGAUAGAAGGCAAGCCUUUAGUUCAAGCAACCAAGAUGACAAGAUCACAACAUCAAACGAAUCUGCUGAGCUAAUACCAAACAAGAACAGUCAAGACGCAGGAGCAACAUCAACAGAAAAUGUUGAGCAAACAUCACACCAGAAAAUCCAUGAUGUGAGUUUAUCAUCAAGAAAAAGUACAGAACAAACAUCAAAACAGGGUAGUAUGAAAGAGUCUGUGACAUCGACUGAUAGGGCACAACACAUGUCAACGAAAAAACGUAAAGAUGAGAGGAAAACAUCAACAUCUGAAAUUAAGCAGAAGUUGCACAGACAAAGCUCAAGAUCAGCUACUGAUAAAACUCUCAGCUCAACAGGCGUUAACAAUGCAUCAUACUCAACUUCUGAGACAAUGCCAAAUCAGAGAUCUGACAGUGGAAAGAUGACCCCUAAUGAAGGUACAGAUCAAGAGCCAAAUAUAAAACCCCACGAGGAGAAAGAAACUUCCAACCUCAGUUCACAUUCUGCACAAAAUGAAGAACAGGGUGACAUCAACAAGGCUUCUACUGGAGAUACUGAGAUGGCACAGAAUGACAGCAAGAGCAAAAGUGAAAAAACAGAAACAGUGCCACGUAAAACAUUAAGCGAUAGGAAGAAGGCAACCUCGCAUUCUAAAUCCAAACAUAAAUCAAGUGAUCGAAGCCCAAUGUCAGGAAGAAGCAAGAAGCAAACCACUGUUAGGAAAUCUCAUAAUGAAGAUGCAAAAAGCAAGGAGGCAACAUCGACUAGGAGACGCAGAGAUGGUCAGGGUUCUGAGUCGCCGCCUAAAAGGAUGCGUAAAAAGGAAGGUUCCACAUCGUCCGAAAGCAAUCAAAUAAAAAAGCAUGACGAAUGCAGCAAAGAGAAUACAACAUCCAACCAGAAUCCCGACCCACCGCGGUCCAAUACCGAUGACAGCGAAUCAAGCGACGGAGAGGAGAAGGUGGAAAACCCUUACAAGUGCGACAGAUGUGGCAAAGUAAUGUCCAACUUCAAGAACUACAAAUUCCACAUGAAGUCCCACACUGUCGCGAAGACCUACAAAUGUGACACUUGUGGGAAAAUGUUCAGAGAGAGCUGGGACUUAAACAAGCAUUUGGUGAUCCACUCCACUGAGAAGCCCUACAAAUGCGACGUGUGUGGAAACGGUUUUAACCGGCGUUAUAACCUUGACCUGCACGUCCGGGUCCACACAGGGGAAAAGCCAUAUGUUUGCAAAACGUGCGGAAAGAGCUUCAGCUCCUGCGUCAAUAUGAAGAAGCACAUGAGGAUUCACACGGGCGAAAAGCCUUACACUUGCAAGGACUGCGGCAAAGAGUUCGCUGACUCCUCCGCUUUCAAAAACCACCUGCGGGUGCACACGGGGGAGAAGCCCUUCAAGUGUUCGUACUGCAAGAGAAAGUUCGCCACCAGGACGACUUUGAAAAGGCACAUCAGAACACACACUGGCGAGAAGCCGUACAAGUGCACCUUUUGUGAUCGAAACUUUGGGCACAGAACCGACCUGAAGGGCCACAUGAGGAUGCACACAGGCGAGAAGCCUUACAAAUGUGCUACUUGUGGAGAGGAGUUCUCCACCUGGUCAAAACUAAACAAACACAAGCGCAUCCACUCAGAUGAAGCACAAGACUCCACUGAAUAACAUGCUGAAUUUAUUAAAAGUAUCUAAAUGGAAAGUUAGAAAGACAAGUCACCAGCCAUCAGGCAGCUGUAGCUUAGGUGUGAAUUCGAUUUUUUGUUCCUUCUCUCUUUUCUUCCUUUCUGUUUUUUGUUUUCCCUUGUUUCCUUCCUUUUUUUGUUCCUCAACUCCUUUGUACCUUCUUUACUUUUGUCCUCAUGUUCUUGCUUUCAUUUACCCUCAUGGUGUUUUUCAUAACUUCUUUAAAUCUUUUCAUCCUUGUGUUUGACCUCUUUUCUGUCCUUUCUGUUACCUUUUUUCCUUCUGUUCUCCUUCAUUCUAUAAUUCCUUUCUUUGGCUCUUUCUUCCUUCCUUCCUUCCUUUUAUUACCUUUCAAAGGCCUCUCCUUCCAUCCUUCCUUCCUUCCAUGUAUCUUUCUUUUCACAUGCUUCCUAUUGCCCUUCCUUCCUUUAAGUAAAAUAUUAAACAUCUGCUGCUUGUAGAAAUAUCUGCUGUAAGUUCAAAAUGAACUUUUAGUAUGUUUUAAAAUGAACGUAAAUGUUUGAGAACUCUGAAAAUGUGACUUUAGAAAUAUUUUGGUUUUACAUGUAAAAUAUUUAGAAACCCUUUUCUAUUCUCCAUAUAGCUGGAGAACAUUUGCUCGCCUCUGUCUCUGUCUUCAGCAUGACCAAAGACUUUAGCAAUAUUUGUAACCUCAGUAAUUUAAUCUUUGGUAAACCUUGAUACCAGCAGCCAGGCACAUGCCAUAGUCGGACUGUAACUGGUUUUACUGAGUACCUUCGGUAAAAAGAUGACCAUUUAUAAAACCCUUCAACGAGGUCCAGAGUAUCACUCUGCCACUGCUGACAUUUUGUGCUUUUCUGUUAUUGUUCAACCAGAAUUAUGAGGACGUAUUUGUUUUGCAAUCCACCAUGCAUUGUAAUUUUGUGUACUACCUUACUUUUGUAACUUAGCCUUUGCUGGUUUCUACGUGCUGUUUUAUUCUUUAAUAGCAGCUUGGAUACAGCUUCAUCACUGGCUCGGGACAUUUUAAAACUUCAAAACUAUUUCUAUUUUAACAACAGGACCAUAUUUAACAUUGAAAGUUUUUCAUCAAUGUUCUUGUGUGCGAUUUACCAAAGAUCAAAUCUAUUUUUGCUUGUUUUGUCAUUUAGUAAAGUAUGGAAAAGAAUGUUUGACUAAACAACUGAAAACCAAGACUCUGAUGGAUCAGUUUUGUUCUGAACACAAGAGAAAUAGAAGUUUUAUUUUAUGUGCCUUUUAAAUUUAUAUGACAGUUGUUUGAAUGCAAAAAUUGUCUUAGAAACAAAAUGUAUGUUUUCAGAUAUUGCUUUAUUCUAAUAAAAAAAAAAUAUAUAUAUUUUUGAUACACAAUCUUCUAGCUAUUUCUUUUAGUAAAUAAGCUGUUCUUUAAAAAAAAAAAAAUAUAUAUGUAUUUUUUAAACGUGAGCAUGCUCCAGUGUGGCUUUAUGAAAUUAAUAACUAAUAAAUCCUCAUAAUAUUGUGAAUAAAAACCACAAUAAGACUCUU